AUGCCUGCCCCCCACGGUGGAGUUUUGCAAGACCUAAUCGCCCGCGACGCCAGCAUUCGCGAACAAUUGCUCAAAGAGGCCGCCGGCGCGGCCCAAACUUGGUCGCUCACGGCCAGACAAAUCUGCGACUUAGAACUGAUCCUCAACGGUGGGUUCUCGCCGCUUUCCGGGUUUUUGAACCAGGGCGACUACGACAGCGUCGUGAAAAACUCCAGACUGCAGAACGGGCUCGUCUGGACGAUGCCCAUCACGCUCGAUGUCGACGCCAAAUUUGCCAAGCAGAUCAAGCGCGACGACAGAGUCGUGCUGCUGCAGGACGGUGAGAUCCCCGUCGCAAUCCUCACUGUCGGCGACAUUUACAAGCCAGACAAGGCCGUAGAGGCCAAGGAAGUGUUCAGAGGCGACCCAGAGCAUCCUGCGGUCAAGUACCUCAAUGAGAUCGCCGGCGAAUACUACGUUGGUGGUGAGCUACAGGCCAUCCAAUUGCCCAUCCACUACGACUACCCAGGUUUGCGUAAGACACCUGCGCAAUUGAGACUCGAAUUUGAAUCCAAGCAAUGGGACCGCAUUGUCGCUUUCCAAACCCGUAACCCAAUGCACAGAGCCCACAGAGAGCUAACUGUCAGAGCUGCCAGGGAGCACAAUGCCAAAGUUUUGAUACACCCUGUGGUGGGUCUCACCAAGCCAGGCGAUAUCGACCAUCACACCCGCGUCCGCGUGUACCAAGAAAUUAUCAAGAGAUACCCCAACGGUAUGGCACAACUAUCCCUACUGCCGCUAGCCAUGCGUAUGGGUGGUGACCGUGAAGCCGUGUGGCACGCAAUCAUCCGUAAAAACUACGGUGCCACUCACUUUAUCGUCGGCAGAGAUCACGCAGGCCCAGGUAAGAACUCUCAAGGUGUUGACUUCUACGGUCCAUACGAUGCCCAAGAGUUGGUCGAGUCCUACAAGAACGAACUAGACAUCGAAGUUGUGCCAUUCCGCAUGGUCACUUACCUACCAGAUGAAGACAGAUACGCUCCAAUCGACCAGAUCGACUUGAGCACCACCAAGACUUUAAACAUCAGCGGUACCGAAUUGAGACGUCGUUUGAGAGAUGGUGGUGACAUUCCUGACUGGUUUUCCUAUCCUGAGGUGGUCAGAAUCUUGAGAGAAUCUAACCCUCCAAGACCAAAGCAAGGUUUCGCGAUUGUGUUGGAGAAGGGUUUGGCUCACAACUCUCAAUUGGCAAUCGCCUUGCUUUCUACCUUCUUGCAAUUCGGAGGUGGCAGACAUUACAAGGUGUUGGAGCACCAAAAUGAUUCCAAGGUUCUGGAAUUGGUUCCAGACUUCAUCAGAGGCGGUACCGGUUUGAUCAUCCCGGGUGAGUACAUCGGAUCUACGAAGGUGGUAAACUCCUUCCAAGUUGGUGUGUCCGGUGAUGCUGCCAUUAAAUUAGAAGACAAAAACGAGUCUGUCCUACACAUUGUUCAAAAGGUCGUCCUAUUUUUAGAGGACAACGGUUUCUACCAAUUUUAA